AUUUCUCGCGAACUGAUUUGAAUUUCUCGCUGAAGGAGGUGAUCUUUAAUAUUCUGAACUUAUGUGACACAAAAAACAAUCCGUUCUGGUCAACGGUUCCGUACGAUUAUAUAUUAUCUGGUUUGUGAUGUCUCGAUGGAGGAUUUUUUCAAUUGCGAGCGACAUUUAAGGCGUAAAAAUUGACAAAGCAUUUCUGAGGAGCCAUGCCUAGGUCUUACAACAAGAUGGACGACACCGACCCUCUGGCCGCGAAUGAGUCUCUGGAAAUGGCUUCUUAUAAUACUUUUGAUCCAGCUUACAAUGGAAUUUACAAGAAUUUUGAUAAUGAUGAAGACAUGAGUGGUGAGAGAGGUUGCUACUUCAAAGAUGGCAAAAGAAGGAUUGACUUUGUGCUUGUCUAUGAAGAAGAAGAGAAGGCGCCUCCACCUAAACAUCUUGAGAAAAGACAAAAGUUUCUGGAAAAUUUAGCCAAGUCUCAGCUGGAAUUUGAAGAGGAGGUGACUCAAGACAAGAAAGUCAAGUUACAUUUUAUCAAGUGUCAUGCUCCAUGGGAAGUGCUAUUGUUCUAUGCAGAGGAGCUAAACUUCAGAGCCCCGCUCGAGCUUCGCACAACGAAGAAGGUAAACUGGUCAGAAAGAAUCUUAGAAAAGUUUCGCAUACCAAACAUCUUCAAGGAUGAUGUACCAGGCACACCCAAUGAUUACUUCACAUGCACAUUCCAAGCGAACAAGCUCAACAAGUUUAUUGGCCAUGAAGAUCAAGAUAACUACUUUACAGAAACAGAAAGAACAAGAGUGGUGUAUGAAAUUAUGGAAACAGCUCCAUUUGGCAAGAGGCAAAAAGGAGAAAUUGGCAUUAAUCGUCUUGUUGAAGAAGAAGUUUUCAAGGCUGGGUAUCCUCUUCAUGUGGGACCUGCAGAGCUGCCAAAGGAAUGGAAAGAAGGACCUGAUGGACCUGAGGAAAUCAAACUUAACAAAAGGCAGAUCCUGAAAGAAUACUGGGCACGGUGGGGAAAGUGGUUGAAGUAUCAGCCUCUUGAUCAUAUCAGGGAAUACUUUGGAGAGAAGAUUGGUAUUUAUUUUGCAUGGCUAGGUCAGUACACAGCAUGGCUUCUCAUGCCAUCAUUUGUUGGACUGCUGGUGUUUCUGUAUGGUGUCAUAACCAUGAAUGGACCUGACAACAAACCUGCCCUUGAUGUGUGUAACAGUCCUCCAGGAACCUACAUGAUGUGUCCAUUGUGUGAUGAGUCCCUUGGGUGUCAUCCAGUUGAUCUUCACACAAGUUGUAUGCUGGGCAAGGUUUCGUACUUGUUUGACAAUGCAGCCACAGUUUUCUUUGCUGUCUUUGUCUCCUUUUGGGCGGUGUUUUUCUUGGAGUUUUGGAAGAGAAAAGAAAUAACCCUGGCAUAUCACUGGGAUGUUCUAGAGUAUGAGGAAGAGGAGGAACGUCCACGGCCAACAUUUGCAGCUUUAGCACCAACAGUAGAACGAAACCCAGUAACAGGAAUACUUGAACCACAUUUCCCUGAUGAGAAGAGACAACCUCGAGUCUUCUCGGGAAUAGCUAUUGUUAUUACUAUGGUUUCUCUAGUGUUGGUGUUCAUGGUGGGAGUGAUCGUCUAUAAGCUAUUGGUUUACCGACCGCUGGCUUCUAAUCCAUCCACCCGAGCUCGAGCUCAACAAAUCGCUAACAUCACUGGCGCAUUUGUCAACUUGACAAUCAUCAUGAUCCUCAGCAGGGUUUACGAAAGAGUCGCCUUAGCAUUGACUCAUUGGGAAAUGCACAGAACACAGACGGAGUAUGAGGACAGUUUGACUUUCAAGGUCUUCGUGUUCCAGUUUGUGAACUUCUACUCGUCCAUCUUCUAUAUUGCAUUCUUCAAGGGAAAGCUGGUUGGUUACCCCGGACAUUACCGCAGAUUGUUUGGCCUCAGGCAAGAAGAGUGUGCACCUAGUGGCUGUCUUAUGGAGCUGGCUCAGCAACUUGUGAUCAUCAUGGUUGGUAAACAAACCAUAAACAACGUGCAGGAGAUUGUUAUUCCGAUGUUAAAACAAUGGCUCAAGAGAAAGAAGCGCGGUACAUCCAAAGAAGAAAGCAAACCUCGUUGGGAGGCCGACUAUGAACUGGUGGAAAAUGAAGGACUCUUCCAAGAAUACUUGGAGAUGAUUCUCCAGUUCGGUUUCAUUACAAUCUUUGUGGCUGCCUUUCCUCUGGCUCCGUUCUUCGCUCUCGCCAACAACAUCUUUGAGAUUCGCAUUGACUCAGACAAGUUCGUUUGUGAGGUGAGACGACCCAUCGCCGACAGGGCUCAAGAUAUCGGCAUCUGGUUUGACAUUCUGGACAGUGUUGCUAAGAUAGCCGUCAUCAGCAACGCCUUCCUCAUCGCUUUCACCUCAACCUUCUUGCCAAAGAUCCUGUACCGCUUUGCAAUAUCAGAAAACAAUUCCCUAGAGGGAUAUCUUAACUUCUCCUUGGCUUGGUCUCCCCAUAACACUACGGCUGUACCAUGCAGAUACGCAGAGUUUAGAGAUCGUGAGGGUCACUUCACUAGUUUUUACUGGCAUCUGUUAGCCCUUCGGCUAGGAUUUGUCAUCAUGUUUGAGCACUUUGUGUUCUUCGUGUCUCGUUUGAUCGACUUACUGGUGCCAGAUGUACCACAAUCGCUUGAGAUCAAGAUCAAGCGCGAAGCGUAUCUUGCUAAGCAGGCGUUGUCUGAUCACCACAAUCUAAUGGGAGGAAAGAGUGAUGGUGAAAGUGCCGACGAUCUGGAGGAAGAUUAUAUACCCUAACUGAUGUUUGCCUUUUUUAGUGUAGAAAGGAAAUUGCAAGUCCUGAAAAUGUGCAUCGCGUGAUCGCGUCACACUAUGCUCAAAUUUGCGUGACUCCAGGCUACGUGAAGGGUCACGUGGUACUGCACAACGCCAGUUUUUUUCUGGGUGUAUUUUUAUGGUCAACUAUAGUUCAAAAUUUCUCCUCUGAAAACUACCGGUCACCUCAUUAUUUUCAGGUCUUGCAAACCGUUUAUGCUUUUGUAGCUGGGUGACAUUGUAGUUGAGAUGCAGAAGCCAUACUAUAUACGCUUCAGCUGUGUGGGUGUAUAAGUAACAAUGGUGACGGUGUACGUGAUUGGUUUAAAGAAUGGCAAAAAUAAUUAUUGAUAUAUUUAUAUCCUUAAAAUCAACUGUUGUCGUGCGUAGUUUUAGUCGCUUGAGCUGAUUUCCUCCCAAUUAAUGAAAUAAAAAGUUAUAAGAAAGAUUUUUAGUGCAUGCAGGAGAGAACGGAUGCUGAGAUGUUGAGAGUUUUUAUUUCCUCUCUGAAAAUUACACAACAUUUCCAUGACUUUCUUAAAGUUUCUUGUUUUUCGCCGUUUUUAUUUUUUUUUUCUUCUUCGUCUUUUUCACUGUAAAGUUAUUUAUUUCGGUAUGAAGGUUUCUUUGGUCUUCAUUGGUCAGUUUCAAAAGAAUUUUCAAAUGUUGAAAACGCUCAAAGAUCCUUAAUCUUUGAUGUGUCAGACAGUUUAUUCUAUUCAUUAAAAACCCUCACAACUCUCAAGGUCACGAUGAGAUAGCAGAAAAAUAGAUUAUUUAUUACCGUUAAAACUAUGUUAUACGCUGAGGUAUUAGGCUGAUCGCAAUUGCUAUCAAAAUAUAAGUUAUGGGGAACGUCCUUAUGGCGACGGGUUGAUAUCUGAUUUUCAGAUCUUUAGAUAUUAUUUGUUUUUCUUACUGUUAUUGUAUAAUAUCUCCUGGAAGGGGAAUAAUUUCGAUUUCACCAGUAGUGAAAUCAAUAUGACACUUAUUGAUUUAUUGACAUAGAAUGUCAAGAUAUUUUCCGUCAUCUGCCACUGAAAGGAAACUAGGAAAAUCGGUGGAUAGAGAGAUAGAAUCUUAUUUGGAGGCAACUUCGUUCCCAGAGUCCUCAAUCUUCCUCCCUUGAGGAAGGAAACGAGAGGACCUUGGGAACGAGAUUGAUUUAGAGGAUAAAAGGGGAUAAAUUAUGUCAUUUAAGAGGAUGAAGCGGAACUAAAACUGGUAUUGUUGGUGUUUGAACGACUGAUGAAAACAUACCAAAACCGACCGGUCAAUUGUCACAGGCACAACGGAAUCUUCAAAAUUACGUUUCUUAACCCUUUGAGGCUCUCUUACAAAUACUCAUUUAAUUGAAUGUAAUUUAUUCAGGUGAUAUAUUUUAUUGGAAUAUUAAUUUACGGUUCGUCAGGGCAGAAGAGCUAACAAUUCGCAUGGAAAGUUCGCUUUCCAUUUGUUUUUCAAGAAAAAUUAUAUUUGAAAAUUAUUUAGUAAGUUAUUAAGUUUUAUGGGAUAUUUGUCGGGAAGGCAACAUUGUAUAGUUCAGGGAUGGAGAGUGUAAAUUCCCGUUAUUGGGGCUCCAAUUGUUUUCUUUACCUAGUUUGGUGUCUAAGCGACUUAAUCGCUGUGUAUAGUACUUUCUGUCAUAAAUAUUGGUUUAGUUAGUUUCAGCUUGGUCCAAUAUCUUUAUAGUUAUUAGCUUUGAUAAAGGGUACGACGCUGUGAUAUUUUUCUCUCUGCUACAUUAAUUGAUACAAUUAGAAUUACCCUCAAAAAUUAAUACGAUAGUUAAUGAGACUUGCUAUUAAUUACAAAAUCAAAUUUCACUUUCUUUAAUUUUGCUGCACUAACUUACUUCGGGAAUAGUGUCCUUCUGAAACCAAAAUUAGAAUCUCUGUCAUCUAUAUAACGGAUUUGGUUUUAUGGCAGGUUGUGUAGCAGGGAUACCUUGAAUCGUGUAGUGGUGUACCUAGUAACUGGAUAGUAACAGCGUUGAUUCAUGUCGUAUGAUAGUCAGCGGUAUAACACUCAAGGGCGGUACACUACCUGCAGGCGGGUGGCCUGGGACUGUAUUAAAAGACGUGCAAGAGUGGCUGAAAUAAACUGGUUCGUUGGACAAUA